CCGGUCCACAUCGCACAUCGGUGGUUACCAUCGGUCUGAUUGCCAACGAUGGCCAACCGACGUAUCAACAACAACAACAAUGCCGCCGCAAACCGCAUUCGUGGACCACAGUCAGCCCUCACAGACUUCCUUGCUUCCCAUAACAUCUCCGCACAGCAGAUUCACCAAGACUAUCAGCGUCGAGUGCAAGAAGCAGAGCGCCAGGCUCAACAUAAUGCGCAGAACAACAAUGACGACAAGGAGAAUGACGACAAGGAGAAUGACGACAAGGAGAAUGACGACAAGGAGAAUGAGGAUGAAGAAGACGAGGAUGACAUCGUAGAGCGCCAAAAGAGAAAGAGAAAAGAAGAAAAGGCCCUCUUGAAGAUCAAGCAGAGCAAAGAGUUCAAGCGUCGCAAGCACGAACAGGACGACGAUUUUGAACAAGACGAUGACGAGCUCGCUAAAAGCAUGCUGGCCAAGUCAAAACCCCUCCCAGGUCAACUCGAUAAUUGCGAGGUCUGUGGAAAGAGAUUCACCGUCACUCCAUAUAGUGGUACGGGUCCAGACGGCGGCCUCUUGUGCACAAAAUGUUCAAAAGAAUUAAAGGACGAGAAGAAGAAGGAAGCCAAGGCUGCAAAGAAGAAGGUCGCUGCUCCUCGGGGUCGCCGCCGACAGACCGAGAGCGAUCGCAUGAUGGGAGAUGUCAAGCCUGGCGCCAAAAGCCUGCUCGAGAUCUGUGUCCGCCAUGUGGCCAACGUUGCCCACGACAUUGACGAGUUCGGCGACAUGCCGCAAUACCUGCUCGAUCGGUUGAGCCAGAUCUUCUCCAAACAGAGGGUCUUCACUCCUCGUGUCCUCGAGCUAUUCCUACGUCCAGACGUGGAUAGAAUCAACGUUUACGACUGCGGCAAACUGGAGAAAGAGGAUUUCCAGAAGAUCUUUGCGUUCAUGCCAAAUCUCGAAAGCGUCAACCUGCGAUUUGCUGGCCAACUCAAAGACGACGUCAUCAUGUACAUGGCCGACAAGUGCAAGAAGAUUCGACAUCUACAACUUGGUGCAACUAAUCUGGUGUCGGACAAUGCGUGGAUUGAACUCUUUCGUUCUCUUGGACCUCAACUCGAGAGUCUCAAGCUGUCCGAACUCAACGACUCCCUGAGAGACGACACUAUCAAGGAACUCGUCAAGAAUUGUCCCAACCUGAAACGACUCAAACUGAGAUCGUGCUCCUACGUGACCGAAGAAUCCCUGGAAUCUUUCUGCGCCCUCACCCAACUGGAGCACCUGACUCUAGCCAUUGCUCAAGACACAUCAGCAGACACCCUUUCCAAACUCGUCUCUACCGUUGGCCACAAUCUCCGCACACUAUGUCUUGAAGAGUUCAGCGAACUUGAUGACACUGUCCUCGACGCAAUCAAAUCCAGCUGCACCAGAUUAAGCAAGCUCCGUAUUCGAGGAAGCAGUCUCUGUACCGACGGCGCCUUUGCGGGCCUCUUCGACAACAACUGCCCCUUCCCACCCCUUGUCUAUGCGGACUUUGCAGAUAACCGAGACAUUGACAGCAUGAAUCCAGAUGGUCCAGAAGACGACCCUGUCGGCUUCGGCUCGCUGGCCCUGACGGCGUUGAUGAACCACUCUGGUCCGCGACUCAAGACCCUCGAUCUGAAGUCUUGUCGACACAUCACGCACGCGGCACUCCUCGAAGCAUUCGACGGUCUCAAGAGAUACCCUGCAUUGACAGACAUUGACCUCUCGUUCGUGACGCAAGUCGACGAGGUGGUCCUGGUCGGUAUCUUCAAGAGCUGUCCUUCACUUGCAAAGCUGGCCGUCUUUGCGUGUUUCAACGCCAGACAAGCCGUCAUCCCUGCCGGUAUCGCCGUCAUUGGUCUUCCCAAUCCGCAGGACAACAUCGUACGCGAGGGCGAUGUACAAAUGGUAAUGUCAUAGGCAACAUAAAGCGUCUUUGAUGGUCACGAUGGUCUAGAGAUCAGAGGUGAUUAAUCCCGGCGCAUUGCGGCUCUUGUGUAUGAGUAUUAUUACGAGGGGAGAUGAGAGCGAGCGCGGACACAAGUAGUGGUGAUUUGCCCGUUCGAAAAUGGAUCGGGCACUUACGACGACAUUGAUUAAUUGAAGGCUUUCAACGAAAAGCACGAAUUGAAUGCCUAUGAGACGCCUGAUGACCUCCUGACGGGAAUGAG